AUGGCUCAAUCUAGAAUACAAUUAGCUAAAGUUCAAAUGGAAGAAUAUAAAGCAUUGGAAGAUUUUGAACAAAUAGCUAGUCCAGCCCAAUGGAGUAUUCAUUUAGUACUAAAACCUAAAAUUAAGAAUUGGUCUACAAAAAAUAAAAAUUAUCAAAUUUUGUCGAAACGUGUUGAAUUAGAUAUGCCUCCAAAAUUUAUUGAAAAAGUCGAUUUUUCUUUUAAAGUUGAUGAAUCAAUUAUAAGUCAAGAUGAAGCACAAGCCACAUAUAAUGAAAUGCGUCAAAUUACCAAAGAAUUUCGUACUCAAGCAAUGAAAUUAUAUGUUCAAUCAGCUGCUCGAGAAAAUGAAAUCUUAUCGAAUGAAAUUACAGGUAUUGUUGAAAGAUUUCCACAAGAAAACGAUGAUGGAUUUGAUGCUGAACCUGGCUUUGCAGCUUUCAAACAAUAUCAUGAAUUACGACAAAAAAGAAUGAAAUUAGAAACUGAACAAUCGAUGCAUUUUUUAUUCGAACAGCAAGUCGAGGGCGAUACCAACAAUCCGGAAGAAGAAAUAAUCGCUCCGACUGUGAUACGUUCGCUGGGCGAGGAUUUCUUGCUCCAGCAAUAA